CCUGACAUUUCAGUUUGUCUUCUCUUCAUCUCAGUUGGUGUGAAACUGUGUUGGUCUGGUGAAAUCAACAGAAUGGUUGUUAGGAGGAGUUACCAUCUCUGGCUUUCUGGUACUUGCCUAUGCAGCUGACAUGCCUUAGCUGUGACCACCUUCGGUGUUGAUUUAAAGUAAUCUGCUUUUUUUGGCACUGACCUGGAUAGGGACUGCUUUCACAAGCGUGCCCAUGAGAUAGUAGUACAGUAACAGCUGUAUAUUUGUCAGUCACUGUAAGGCAAUGCCACUGAAGCUACCAGUACAAUUUAAUAAGACAGAUCCAGAGUGCAAGCAAUGAAAGCUUCUUGUCAGGAUGCCUCCAGUCAUGAUGGUAAAAUCCCUGUGAAGAAGGUUAAAGCCCCCAUAGUCUCAAUUCCCUACUAUGAAAAUGGUGUUUCAAAGGACAAAGUAGCUCUACUAAUUCACUGCCCUGAAAUAUUUAUAAAGAUCCAUCUUUGAUGGCAGAGAUUUCAAACCAGAAAACUAUAUAGAAAAGAGAUAGUACCCUGAAGAGAGAGAUUCUACAUUUUAGUAAAGAUGGCUAUCUAUAUACAUAUAUAUUCUAAGGUCAAUGUUUGAAGAGCUCUUUGACCAAAAUUCAAAUCCGUUGCUGCUUAUAGAAAUUAAAUAGUGUGUUUAUCUAAGCCAUUGAGAUGUAAUUUCAGUUUAUACCAUGUUAGUACAACUAAUCCUUUCACUGAUGUUCAGCUUCUGCCAAUUCAGUCAAUGGACUAAUUGUGUGCAGGGAAGCAUACAAGCACAGCAGUGUUUUAUGUACUGCAUCUCACCACUUCCUGACCCUGUCUCCCUGCACACUACCUUCUUACAGUCUUCUAGCCAGAUCUGUUGUACGGUUAGAAAUGCCCAGAUUAAUUUUCCCAGCUUUGACACGCUCCUUUACAUUGCAGGAGGCCAACAUUUUUAGUGCAUCCAUAGGAAGCGUCUCCACUACAGCCUUUCAACACACGAGAGACAGACUGAAGAUGUAGGCAGCUGACAAAUGUGAAAGCAAUGAAGAGGUGUUCUGAGGUUGACAGCACUUUUCAUAGUACAUGCGUUUUCUGGGAAAGGCAUGAGAAGGGAGAUAAACAGGCAAUGGUUUUGGCAAGCUGAGAAGAAGCUGUAGCAGACCAAGAUGUUCCAAAGAGAAGAUCGCAUCAAAAAGGUCCUCAGGCUCCAUCAGCCACCGUCUGAUCAUAUUGCAACAACAUAGGUGUUGCCAUGAGGAUCAGGAUGUGUCCUGUCUGCUUCACAACUUGUCUUUUGGUCCUGCUGGGUAUACACCAGAGAGAGCUCCAUGUAGAGAUAGAGCGCACAUUUCAAGAGAGCUGACAAACCAGUUCCUGCACAUACAUGUAUCUGUGUAAGAGUCCUCCAAGACCAGAGGCCUCUGUGGCACUGCAUGGAUAUAAGAACUGUUGCAUGUGUGGGGUUAGACUCUGCUUUUUUGAGAUAUGAUGCUCCGACGAGGAUUUAUUCUUUUUCUUCCUCGACUUGUAGGCCUGCUGGUGCUGGCCUGUUGCUCAGUGUCUAUUGUGUACAUGUUGGCUUGCACACCCAAGGGUGACAACCAGCAGCUUGCCUUGCCCAGGGUGCACAGUCCGACUGUGAAGGAGGGAUAUGAAGCCAUUCUGCAAGAGCGAGAAGAGCAACACCGCAAUUACAUCAUCAGCUUGAAGAAACAAAUUGCCCAGUUGAAGGCUGAGCUCCAGGGCAGGACUGAGCAGCUUAAGAACAUGCAGAACCAGUACCCAGACCCCUUGGACAUUCAGCUUGACCACAGUAAGCCAGAGAAGGCCCAGGCCAACCUAUUGGCUUUCCUCCGUUCCCAAGUGGACAAAGCAGAGGUGCACAGCGGUGUUAAGCUGUCCACAGAGUAUGCGGCAGUGCCCUUUGAGAGCUUCACCCUCCAGAAGGUUUACCAGCUGGAGACAGGGCUGACGCGGCACCCGGAGGAGAAGCCCGUAAGGAAGGACAAGCGAGAUGAGUUGAUAGAGGUGAUCGAGUUAGCAGUGGGGAGCUUGAACAAGCCAGACGGGGUCAGCAAAGCAAAACCCCACGUAUACACAGCCUCCGACUUCGUUGAAGGGAUCUACCGUACAGAAAAAAAUAAAGGCACAUUGUAUGAGCUGACUUUCAAAGGAGAUGCAAAGCAUCAGUUCAAGAAGAUUGUUUUAUUCCGGCCAUUUGGUCCUGUAAUGAAAGUGAAAAAUGAAAAUGUCAAUAUGGCUGACACACUUAUUAAUGUCAUUGUGCCGUUGGCCAAGAGAGCCAGCAAAUUUCGGCAAUUCAUGCAGAAUUUCAGGCAAAUGGGCAUUCAGCAGGAUGGAAGAAUUCACCUCACUGUAGUUUACUUUGGAAAGGAACAAAUGAAUGAAGUCAAAUCAAUACUUGAAAAUACCUCUAAGUCAGCCAACUUCAAGAACUUCACCUUCAUCCAGUUGAAUGAAGAGUUUUCCAGGGGCAAAGGAUUAGAUGUUGGUGCUCGAUUUUGGAAAGGAAACAAUGUUGUUCUCUUUUUUUGCGAUGUGGACAUAUACUUCACAGCCGAAUUCUUGAACUCCUGUAGAUUGAACACACAGCCAGGGAAGAAGGUAUUUUAUCCUGUUCUCUUCAGCCAGUAUAACCCCAGUAUAAUUUAUGGUCACCAUGAUUCCAUACCAUCUUUAGAACAGCAGCUGAUUAUUAAAAAAGAGACUGGAUUUUGGAGAGACUUUGGUUUUGGGAUGACUUGCCAGUACAGAUCUGAUUUUAUCAACAUAGGUGGCUUUGACCUGGACAUUAAAGGCUGGGGUGGUGAAGAUGUGCAUCUGUACCGCAAGUACCUUCACAGCAACCUCAUGGUGAUCCGAACGCCUGUCAGGGGUCUCUUCCAUCUGUGGCAUGAAAAGCAGUGUCUGGAUGAGCUGACUCCAGAGCAGUACAAAAUGUGCAUGCAGUCCAAGGCCAUGAAUGAGGCUUCCCAUGGCCAGCUUGGGAUGCUUGUUUUUAAGCAAGAGAUUGAGACACACCUGCAUAGACAGAAAUUGAGCACUAAGAAGACAUGAAUCCAGAAAGAGAGGUUGAAAGCCUCUGAACUGGACUUCAGGGUGUUUUGGAAAAGAGGCUUUAGCCAGAAAAGUUGGGAUGAGACUGAAAGAGGAUGGAGAUUCCAGCAGGAUGGCAGCAAAAGAAGAGGGAAAGCGUCUGUCCUCCACACUUUUGUUUUUAUUCUAAUGGGGUUUUCAAAUACUCCACUAUCCUGACUGUUCAGCACUUGCUUCUGGGGAAGACUUGAACACUUGAUGAGAUUCAAGGUCACAUCACAGAGACAAUGAACAUUAUAUGUUGUUAUGUGACCAGUGUGGUUUUCACACUAACAAAUGGAUGUGCUUUUCCUUUGAAAUGUUUGUAAGAUGUGUACAGUUAUUUAAAGGACUGAUCUUUUGCUGGGCCAAUAAUCAGGAGUUAUUUCCUGCAUCUAACUUGACAUAUCUAAAAAGGGCUACUUUUGAAUCACUACAGAGACUCCUGCUCUGGGAAGGACAUAUGAUUGUUAACCAUGGUAAAGCUGGAGUGACCAAAAAUACUUUUCCUUUAAGGAGCUGGGAUGGGGGAACAGCAGCAGUGCAUUAACAGGCCAUUCCCAGUUAAUACAGAGAAAGAGAUUUCUCAGAAAGUGCUUUCUAAAUUUAAGAAAGAGAAAACUUACUGAUCAAGUGUGAUGGUUGAAAAAUGCUGGAGGGUACUGUUUGUUCUCCUCUGUGGACAGUGAACCAAAAGCAGUGAGCCACAUCUGUAUCAUGUGAAUCACAUCGUGUAUUUCUGCUUUAGAAUGCUGAGAUUCAAGAUUUCAAGUAUUCAAGUAUUCAAGUAUUCAAGAAUUUCACGAUUCAAGUAUUUCAAGAUUUAUUUUUAAAUGAAAUUCAUUUGGCUUGAGAAUUAUUUUGCCAUACUUCAGGUUUUCUACUUCUAGCCUUAGUAGGAAAUACAACCUUCCAAUGCUUGGAAAAUGCUCUGCAGAUCUGUGUUCCUGUGGAUGGGAACUGGAAUAGAUAAGUGAUUUUUCUACACAACCUGGGCACUGGAAGGCAGAAGCUUUAUCAUACUGAAGAAAAGGAUAUACAUAUCAACUUGCAGUACUGAUUUAGCAGGAGGCUUUAAACUCCAAAUGCCAGAUACCAACAGUGAUGAACAUUUUCUGACUUUAUACCAAAGUAUUUCUUCCAAACCAAAUACAGAGUCUUGCCCAGGGUAUAGAAAGCUUUCUGUAAUUAACAAAAUAAAUUUUUGUGGUGGACUACUGGACCCUGCAAAUUCUCUUAUGACAAUUAUAGGUACUAAUUGUAAAAAUUAAUAAUCUUCUGAAUAGUUUUUGUUGCAAUUGCCUGAAACUGUUGAAAGUCUGAGUUACUGCUCUUAUAAAGCAUUUCCUUUUAAUGCUGACUGCAAUUUACCAUUUUAAUAUAUACUAGCCAACAAAAACUGCACGGGCUUGUAAAUCCCAUUUGCUUACCUAAAUGCUGUUUCUCUGAGCAGUCUCUUUAGUUUUUUUGGAUUCAUAUUAAUUCAAGGCAGUCUAAACUAGAUUCUAAUUUGGUUUUUGGCUUGUAAAAGCUGGGGUGAAGAAAGGUAGCACUGAACAAUGAAUGAACCACUCUUUGUUGUGUGGCUGUGCACUAGGAAGAGCGCUAUGAACCUCUUUUGAAAGCGCUGCAUGCAGGUUCUGCAGAGACCAUGGUGCUGUAAGUACCUUUUCCUUGGACAGGUUUAUAUGUGUUUGACUUUUGCUGGUGCAAAGGAUCUACAUUGCACUUGCCUUGCAAA